AUGAACACACACAGAUCGGGAGAGCUUUCUCAGACUAACAAACCUUUUCAACGCCGUGGCGGGUCAAAGCGACAACAAAAGAAGAAGGGAAAGAAGAAAUCGGAGGUAGUCAAAACACGCCCAGUUUUCCAAGACCCAAAGGAAGUGCGGAAAGCUCAGAUUCGCCAGAGGCAAAAAGGCUCUCGUGAGAGGCAACAAGAUCUUUUAAGAAAAGAAAGACAAGGUCUUGGAGCCCCACGAACAAUUGGAUUUUUAGGGUUAGGCGAUGCAGACGUUCAAACUGUAUUAAAGACUUUACGUGCAAAUUGGACUGAAGAAGCGGUUGUUGGUGACAUUACUUAUGUCAAAACACAAUUUAGAAGACUUGCUAUUUGGGCGCCACAAAAUGAUAUUUGGAAUAGAAUGGAUGCUGCGAAAAUAGCGGAUAUCAUGGUGGUUGUCAUGGGGAAUAAUGUCAGUGGUGAUGAAGAGGAAAAACUCGACUACUUAGUUGCGCAAGGACUCGGAGAUGUCAUGUUGGUCGGGGAGAAGGCCAAACUUAAAAAGGGGAGAUGGUCUGGGUAUCGUGUGUAUGACCCAGCCACUGAAGGCCCUCGGUUCAUUCAAAUAUUAUGUACAAUGUCUACAAAAGAGAAGAUGGACGGCCCUGGUUACUUUGUUAUUGAUAAAGAAGAAUUAGAUGGUGACAAUGUCAAGGUGAAAGGGUAUGUACGAAGAAGUGAUUUGAGUCGAUUAAACCGUGGGUAUAUAAUCGGUGUUGGUGAUGUCGAUGUCUUAAAAAUAGGAAAUGCUGUAGAUCCAUAUGGAGUCGGGGAGGAUAACAUUGAUGCGUAUACCAUCCAAGAAGAUGAAGACGAAGAAGAAAAUGAAGAGAAAAGCGACAGAGCUAUGAGUGAAGAAGACGAGGAAAAAAACGCUGCUCCAUCAAAACCCGUUGAACAAACUGGUGUCUUUAAAAUCACUAAAAAUGUCCCAGUAGGCGCAGGGAGUUAUACAGCAGCUUGGAUUGUUGGAGACGACAACAUGAAUCAUGAAAUGGUUGAGGAAGUCAAAGACUCUGAUGAUGAUGAUGAUGAUGUCAAUGUAGACGCUGCAAUGGACUGUGAAUACGAGGAAGAGGCGGAAGAAGAUGUUGAUCCCAACGAGACGGAAGAAGACCGUAUUAACCGUCGGUGUGCCAAAUACAAAGAGAACCCGGACAAAUACCGAGUGAAAAAAGGAGAAAGCGCCAAAGAGCAUUUCAAAGGAUACAGAGGGUUGCGUUCUUUGAGACAAACUGAAUGGGACUGUGACGAAGACCUUCCAGGGUCAUACAAUGAUAUCAUUCAAUUUGAGAAUUUCAGAGUGAUUAGUGAUUCCAGCAGAUAUGUAGAUGAUGGUGUUGAAGAAGGGACCUAUGUCGAGCUUUUGAUCAGCAAUCUGAAGGUCGGGUCACUUAUUGGCAAAGUUUUUUGCUCACUUCGGCAAUAUGAAGACAAAGAGUCGAUUGUUCACGUCUUGUUCCACGUGGAAAACGACUCUCUUCCACUUGAGUCGGGGAAGUCAUAUAGAAUUCAGUUAGGAGACAGACGGUAUUUCAGAAACAUUACAUUCACGGACACUGAUCCAAUGGGUGGGAAGUACAGAGAGGUGAAAUGGGCUGUUCCCGGCUCUUCUGUGAUUGGGUCGUUCUAUGGGUUUAUCACAUUCCGCCCCUCUUCUGCGCUUUUGUUUGCGACCUUUGAUGGGAGAGAGGAACUUGUGGCCACUGGGACUUUGGAUUCAGUCGACCCUUCUCGUGUUAUCAUCGAACGAUCCAUCUUGACUGGCGUCCCAAUCAAAAUUGGACGACACAAAGUGACUGUGCGCGGGAUGUUUAGUGUUCCAGCAGAUGCCAAGUGGUUCAAACCAAUUGAACUUUUAACCGCACAGGGUAUAGCUGGGACAAUUUUGUGUUCAUUAGGUGAGCACGGACUUAUUAAAUGCACUUUUGAAAAACAACUGAAGAGUAACGACGUCGUCACGAUGUCGUUAUACAGACGUGUUUUCCCCAUCCCCCCAGAACCACAACAACUCACAAAUUGA